AUGGCAACGAGCAGGCCAUCGUGGCGUACUUCUCUCCUUGGGAUACUGGGGUUCAUUGACCUUCCUGUCAAAGUCAACUGCUGGUAUUGCAAUCAAGACACAUGUCUCGUCCCUGGAAGUCGACAAACAGAACGCUAUUGGCAUUGCAACAUUUGUGAAAACACCAACAUUCGAGACGAGCAUGGUGAAAUAGUCGAUAGCGUACCCGUCAUGUUUGAUGCUUCCUUGAACCGGCCAAUUACACCCGUUCAGACAUCGACUCGUUCCACUUCUACUCCAUCAUCAUCAAGAAUGCUAUGUGAAAACUGCCAAAGGAACCAAUCCCUUAUAUACCAAAUCAUGAGUGACUAUAUUCGUGAUGAAAAUGAUCCCGAGUACAACUUUUAUGUUCGUACAGCAGACGAUUAUCAACGAUCCUUGCAUGAAAAAUAUCCAUUGUGUGAUGAUUGUCAGGCCAAGGUGGAUGGCAUUGUCGCCGAACAAAAGGCAAUCUUGCAACAACGACGCUUCAAUGAAAAGUUGACUCGCAGCAUGACAACAAAAGCACCACGAAAGCCAUCCUUCUACGAGUACAUUUCAAGAGGUUCAUUGUGGGUCUUUAUCCAUGUUCUUUUUCUUUUCAUCUGUGCAGCAGCCUACCGAUUUCCUCCUACACGACCCGAGCCCACCAAUGUAUACUCUGAUCUGGCAACUCGAUGGCACAACAUCAUAGCAGCAACCGUAGCAAUGACAGCGCAUUGGAAAAGUCGAUAUUCAUGGGAUUCAGCCAUCGUCGCUAUGGUGCAUGAUAGUAUCAGCCAUGUCACCAAUGCAUUGACAACAAUGGUACAAUGGCUGUUUCGAUUGACGAUAUGCUUUUGCUACAACGACAUUGACAAUAUUGGAUGCAGCUGGAAUCUAUCCGACAUCUCUAUGCUGGUGGUCCUGUUCUUUACGUUGUCGUUCCUAUGGAUGGAUUGGCACUAUCGGGCAUCCAAGACUUUCUUUGAGCCUUUUCGUAUCAAGCGAUGGUCGUUAUACAAGCUUGCACAACGUGUACUCUAUGUCUGGCGUUUGGGUUUUCUAGGCGUGCUCGCUUAUGCGGAUGAUCGGUGGUUACACAUGACAGCCUAUGUGACCCUUAUUGCAUAUCCAUUGAUCCUGGUCACAUCCAUGUUUGUCGUCAAGGUUGCAUCAAGCAGAUGGCCAUUGAAGCGAGUGGGCAGCCGAGGGACGUUGCAUACUUUGAAAAAGACAUACUCGGAUCUUCACAACUUUGCAGCUGAUCGAGUCACCAAGAUUGGCAAAGAGUCUUUGGAGGCAGCUAGAUACACGCCACCUUAUAACAGCCAAGAAAGCUUUGACAACGACAAUGAAGAGGAUGAUGAAGUGGUCGCUGCCGUCAAACGUGCCAUUGAUUCCAAGCGCGAGAAAUACAACCUGAGAGCACGAUCCUCGACAACUCAAAAGCCUACCAGCGACUCGUAUGAUGACAAUGAUGUGGAAGGCCUAGCAGCUGGCAUCUUUAAGAUGGAUUUCAACAAAGCCUAA